AUGGCAUCCCAUCAACUCGCCAUUGCCAAGGCCUCCUUCUCCGCAGGGCUUCUACGUCCAGACCCGACGUCCGUCGCGCGCGACGAAAUCACAGCCUUUCACACCAGCCUAGACCGGGCGCUAUCGCAUUGCACCCCGGCAAACAUCCAGACCUGCAAACAAUGGCUCCUGGAAUACGUCGUCUCGUCAGGUAACCGCGUAGGCGGAUGGGCCAAAUACCUAGCUGCGUUGUCUGGAUCAUUCGAAACAUCAUCCACACCAUCGCCGGCCGAGAGUGGUGGGAAAAGGUCGACAUCGACAUCUGGCAAGCGGAAACGCCUCCAUAUCCUAUAUUUGCUGAAUGAUGUGCUGCACCAUACGAAAUACCACCUGGAUACGAGCGCCGCGUUUAGCACAUUGAGCGGAUCGCUGCAACCGCAUGUGGUCGAGCUGUUGGGCUACGCGGCGUCGUAUGAUCGCGAGAAGAACCCGAAACAUCAUCGUCGCUUGGAUGAGUUGCUGGAUAUCUGGGAGGAGAAUCGCUAUUACGGCAGUGAUUAUGUGAAUAAGCUACGGGAGGUGGUUAAGAAUGCUUCGGUCUCGGGUCCGGUCAAGACGUCGCUGAGUGUCGAGGAGAGUAAUUUGGAUUUCGCGGGAGCUGGUGCGAAACCAAUGCCCUCGGGCAAGGAUGUCCCGUUCGUUAUGCCGGCUACGCAUGGUGAUCCGUCUAUGCCGUACUACGAUCUACCUGCGGGAAACCUUGUUCCGCAUAUUAUCCCGGAUUCGACGGUGCCCCUGCGACCGGACACAAUCAAGCCGCUGCAGUUCUUGGCUGGGCCGGCGGACGAGAAUCUUGUCGUGGCGCUGAAGAAGUUCAUGAAGGACGUGGAUCGGAUAUAUGGGACGGAAGAGCCGGAGCAUGAAGAGGACGAGGUGGUGGAUAUCGAUGAUCUCGGCCAGGUGGUC